CAGCCCAGGCGGUCAUGUGACCGCGGCCGAUAAACAGCCAGCCCACCGGGCAAAGCCGAGGCCAGAUUCACGUCAACUUUCUCCAGCGCCAGCGGAGUGAGAAGGGGGUACAACAUGACGCCGCUGGGGAAAUGGGUAAUCGUGUUCCUGCUCUUCCCGUGCGCUGCCCGCAGCAUCCCCCCCCACGACGAUGUCGCCGCCGUGGCCCGGUUUAUCGCCCAUAACUGCGACUGGGCGUCGAUGGCCACCAUCUCAUCUCACGACCCGGUGAAGGGGCAGCCGUUCUCCAACGUGUUCUCGGUCAGCGACGGGCCGCCCGGCAGCGGCACAGGCGUCCCUUACAUGUACCUGACGCGCAUGGAGAUCUCCGUGCAGGAUCUGCAGGCGAACCCCACGGCCUCCCUCUCCAUGUCCCUGGCCCAGACCGAGUACUGCAAGAGCCAGGGCUACGACCCCCAGAGCCCGCUGUGCGCUCACAUCAUCUUGUCUGGGUCCGUGGUGGAGGUGAACGACACAGAGGCCCUGGUUGCUAAGCAGGCCCUGUUCAGCCGUCACCCGGAGAUGAUGGACUGGCCCCCAGACCACGGGUGGUUUUUUGCCAAGAUGAACAUCACGAAAGUCUGGGUGCUGGAUUACUUUGGAGGAAUCAAAACUUGCACUCCUGAGGAGUAUUUCAGUGCCAAGCCAUACAAAACGCCUGGGCUGAGAACAACAUGGCUCUGAAAGGAUUACAAAGGAUUGAGAACAGAAGAGUCAGUCCUUCUAUUUUUAAAGGCUGCACUGUGUAAUUGUGUACUAAUAUAUGAGAAGUGUUUUGAGUAAUACAGUUGAUGAUUUUAUUAUGUGUUAAAGGAUUGCAGAUUAAAAUUAAUUAAGGAUACUUUUUUGCUAUUGAUGCUUGUGAGUGAAUUGCAGUAAAUUAUAAUAAUAUUAGCUAACAAUACAUUACUCAACAACAUGCUUAGGUGAGAAAUAACUUUUCUACUCUUUCAACUCUUUAAUCAUCAAAGCAGUGUUUUCUGUAUUGCUACAUUAAUAAUGCAGUUUAUGCAGAAAUUACUGAACUGUAAUAUUAAAUAUUAAGUUUUAAAAUCCGCAAAAUCACAAAGUUCUAAUGAUCUGUCUCCUUAAAACGCAGUCUUGUACUGUAUUAGUCCAGUAUCUUUCCUUUUCGUUCAUGUUGUAUUUUACCACUAGAGGGAGCCCUUUACGUGUUUACGAUUUAGAAAUGGCUCUGAAUAUUUACCGUAGUGUAUUUACACGAAAUAAAAUUGAGUGUCUCUAGAGUAACGGCUUUCACUAGAUCGAAUUCAUAAUAUAUACUGAGAUGCCUUGAAAAUGCAACAAAUGCCUGUUUCUCCCAUACCGAUUUUUUGCAUUUAAGAUUAAUUUUGCCUCUCGGUAUAAUUAGUCCUGAUUUGGUUAUCUUUUAUACAAACUGCGGAGAAGUCAUUUUUGAUACAUAUCUAUAAUUUCCGGCUGUGAAAAGGGAAAGUGUUUUUUUUUUAAUUUUGAAUGAAAGAAACUCUCUCUUUGAUGUCAAGGUCUCUCUUUUCGGUCAUAUUUCAAACCAUACAGUCAAGCUUCCCACGUUCUGAAUAAAGAGACCUUUUCUGAAAUUCUCACCCACACUCCCAGCCCACAUUAUAAAACAGACGUCUUUCAGCUUCUAUAGGUCCUUACUUUAACUAAUCUGAUGUCACGUAGCAGAUGUUGUCUAAAACGUGCAAUUGCUGACAAAGUACUGAAUAUAGAGCAAUAAUUUUAGAUCUCAUGCAGGGCAGUUUUAGGUCAAGCAGGUUGCUGUAAGGCUUUGUUACAUCAGGUGUUCAUAUUGUCACAAGAGUCCCUGUCUCUCUCCUCGCCGAACGCGCUACAGUAUCAUACCCCAGACUUGAGGUCACAUUUAUCAAAUCCACACAAAAACUGCUUGGAAUGUUGAUUCAUUCCCAUGUUUUUUCAGGAGAUCAAAUAACUAGAUAACUGGCUUCAGGUGCUAAGUAAGUUAUCUAUAAAUGUUGUUUUCUAUUCAAGUUUUCCAUUUUCAAGCUUUAUAUUCAAGUUUGUGGUCUGUGACUUCGAUGUGUAGUGCAUUUGUAUGUAAGAUGAUUUUUCUAAAGCAAAGAUAUAUUUCACAAUGAUUACUCCACAUAUUUUUGUAAAAAUACUGAAAAUAAAAAUUUGUCAUUUGUAUAUUUUAAA